CCUUAUGCCCCGCGACUUUCUUCUACAUCCAUUCUAAUUAUUACCUGUACAGCCCUCCACCGCCUUUCAGGCGCCGAUUCGGCGUACAGCGGCCCCGGCCUCCCAGUGAUAUCUUCGGCGGCUUCAUCUUCUGGCGACCCCUCUAAUCAGUUGGUCAGUUUCUCAGCCAGCAGUCAUCCACGACUUUUUGUCAAGCCCAAGGCCAAGUCAAACAGGAUGGUGAUAGUUAACGCCAUCGGACACUGCUGUUUGGCAGGAGCGGUCAAUGAGCCGGUAAAGCUCUCGACUUUAAAGGAACUCGCAUCCGCCCCCGGAACUCAUUUUAUCAUCUUAUUUCGUGACAGCCGUUGUCAAUAUAGAUCUGUCUAUACAUUCGAUCUGGAGACCGAAGAAUUGCAUAUACUCUGCGGUAGUGGCCCACGGAAAGUCACGCAUGACAUGGUAGACAAAUUUUUUAAGUAUAACUGCGGCUCCAAAUCAUUUAGCCAAAUCACGUCUACCAAACAUUUGAGUCCCGUUGUUGAUGCGAUUACAAUCCAUGGACACUUUUGGGGCAAGUCAGCCACACUGUUGCUGAGCAAUCCUGGACAUCGCCGAUAA